AUGGCAGCAGUUCUCAUGUCCCUUCCUUCCCUCCAGGGGAACAGCAAAGUCCUCCUCCUACCCCUCGCUCGACGGGAUCAUUGUUCCCUUGGGUUCAGGUUGCGAGGGGGUAAGGACCAGGAUGAUGGCGAAAUGGAGGGUUCGUUCGAGAUGGAGGAGGAGGAGUCGAUCCCCUUCAUCUCUUCUGACAAGGAGGGAGACGAGAGACUUCAGGGGAUGGAGGAUGAGGAGGCUGAACAAGCUGAGUUUCCCCUCCCUGGCGAUCUCCUCAGCGUCCAGCUCGAGCUUUGGGUGGAGGGCAGGUUGGCCCUCGAUACGAGAGCAGCGAUCCAACGUUGCGCACCCAAGGAGCAAGAAGGGUCAGUGAAAAGCCUGUCUUACAGGGAAGCUGCGGAGUGUCCGAUACAGUUGCUCUACGCCUACGGAGGUGAUCUUAGCUACAACGAAGACUCCCGCGACUUUGAAGCCAUACCAGGGUUGUUGUCCUACUACUGUGGAGAAGGAUCAGAUUGUAUCCCGCCUCCUUUAGAUGAUGUUAUCCAGAGCAUGAAAGUCGGAGAAUCACGAAGGUUAUCUAUAGAUGCUCUGUUCAAUUACAAUGGCUUCAAAGGGCUUGCAAGGGAGCUAGGAAUUGAUACGAUGGCUACGGUCGAUGUGCGUGUAAAGCUUGCCGCAAAGAAUGUUUUUGACGUCAAUCGUGACGGAUCGGUCCUUGUGAGGUAUCCCCGGAAAACUGUCAAGCAAAUCCAAACAUGGAGGAAAGCUAGUGAUUGGAGAUUGCUGGAUCAACGUCCGAGUUACAAUGCCGAAGUACAAAUGUUGAACAGUUUCCAUGGGUCCUUUCAAGUACAAAAUCUCUCACAGAUCUCCAGACUGAAGUUCGGGCAACUUUCCCUGUCUGACCUACAGGAUGCAAUCGUCAAAUACUCUGUUGCUGAAUCCCCCAUUACAGUCUAUGUGAGAAGGGGGGAGAGAACAAACGAGGAUUCCUUGGAUUCAGGUUUGACUGCGAUAGAAGGGAUGGAACAUUUCAAACCCUCCAUGUAUCACGUCUACAACGUGACAGUCCUUGAGUGGAAUGAGUACAGAAAGAUGACAGAGGACGGGGGACUCAUCUUAUGUAUGAGAGACUGUCGCAAAUCUUUCUCGAAGAUUGUUCGCCCAAGCCUUGAUGCAGACUUGUUGUCUCUAGAUCUUCAUUGUCGCAUUGUAAAUGAGGAAAACAAUGAUUUCACGAGGAGGAAGGUUACUACCUGGCGUGAUUUUGACAAGUGUGCAAGACACGCGUCUCAAGAAGACAACUGUCAUGAAAUUACAACAAAUAGGACAUGGACGUCUGGGAAGGAAUGGAAAGACUGCAACAUGAAGAUAAUCUUGGGAGAUUUUGAGCUUGCUUCAGGGUUGGAACGAUGCUUGCAACAGAUAUACAUUGGACAGCAAUGCAAGGCAUGGAUGCGAGCCCCUUACCUCAACACGUUCAAGUGGAACGAGGGAAACGUAAGGGGUGAAGGGGGCUUGUUUGGCCCAAGUGCAGAAGCUCUCUAUGAAUGUGAAUGGAAGGUCUUGAAUAUCACUCCAAAGUUUAAACACUCCAAAGAUCAAUUGAUGAUCCUUGCAAAGAAGAGGAAAUCCCUCGGUAAUCAGUUGAUGGAACUUGAACAAUUUGAAGAUGCGAAAGAAGUGUACUUUCGCGCGCUUGACCUUCUUGGAGACCUCAGGGUCGAAGAGGACGGAGAGGUGUCCUCCAACAGAUCUGAGGUCAAUGUCAUAUCUUCAUCCACAACACUCUAUCAGCCUACUGUUCCGGCUCGAGAGCUCGAAGCGACGGUCAAGAUCAAUUUGGCAACAGCUGACAUCCAACUUAAGAAUUAUGAUGAGGCGAUUUGCACCUUGGACAAGCUGAUUGACAAUGAACCUAAGGUUUCCCGGGCAUACCAACGGAGGAUAAUCGCGGCCUUCAAGAAAGGGGACAUGGAGUCGUUUGAAAGAGAUUUGAAGUUGCUUGAAGCUUUGGUGGAUGUAAAAGACAAGAGUUUGAAAGAACUACCCUUUCAGGAGAGCAAUCCAGUUUCAAGACGUGAAUUUGAAAGGCUUGAAGAAAUGUUAAAGCAAUACAAAUCUGAUUUUGCUGAGAAAGAAAAGACUAUUUUCUCGAAAAUGUUUCAGAGGCCAAAACGAAAGGCCAAGCCAAAUCAGGGGAAAGCAGAAGAUCAAGGAAAGUCUACAACUGACUUGAUGAAGCAAAACAUGUCUCAAAUCACAGAGAUGACUAGUCCUCGGCGAGAAAAAGUUACAAAGUUAUCUAUACAGGGUCACGAAAAUCCGCAUAUUAUUGUACAGAAGGAAAUUGGGGAAGAAGAACAGAAGAGGAGGAGAGAGGAGAUGGCUCGUAAUGCUGCAGCAAAUUACAAUCAGACAGUGGAAAGUGGGGUCCAGAAGCUAAGGGAAGAAAGGGUCAAGGAGGAGAGAUCGAAAUUAAAAAGUGUGGGAAGCCAAGAAAGUUUGAAGCAGGACAUAAGGUUUACUCCGCAUUCUGUCACUGACAAUCCGCAAGACUUCCCGCCUGACCUUCGAUCUGUCUUGAGCCCAGCCAUAGAACCUCCAAGACUAAAGGACGAGGUCAAGAAAGACGAUUUCGAUAUACCUCAAGAUCCCUUCAUCUUUUCCGAAAUGUUGAAAAGAAGCAAAGAGGAGCUGAAAACUUCGCAACUUGAGAAUGUCAAGAGAGAAGGGGGAAGGUUUAGCGACCUUAUGACUAACGAGAUGGAGCUGUUAAAACGACAGCUCAUCGAGCUAGAGCAGGAGUCUGAGAGGGAGCUGGUUGAGACAUCCGAGAUGAUGGAGAGUGUCUUGAGGGGGCCGAACUCAACUUCGAUUCAACGAAAGAAUCUGUUACAGACGUUGAGAGCUGUGCAUGAUGUGCAGAGGCAGAAAGUGAAAGUCUGCUCAGAGAUGAUCUCGAAACUUCUUCAGUUGCAGGAUCCGCAUGUUGACCUGGACGAGUUUGAGCAACAGAUCCGAUUGGAAGAGACAAUCGCUGCGGAGAUGGGGAUGCAAGUGGAUGAUACUGUUGAUGAUGCUGCAUACGUGGAGACCUUGGAUGACAACCAGGAAAGGAGGUAUCAAGAACACCAAUCACAGGGAAAACGAGCUACAAUAGAAGAGGCUCACGCCAACUUUAUGAACACAAAGGAUUACGGUUACAUAGACCAAAUUUCUGAGAUCUUGCAGGAUGAAGAACUUCUGAAAGAGUCAAGAAGCACCAUUCAUGAAGUCUGUCCUGGGCACGUAGUGGACCCCAACGACAAAGAUGCGGUUUGUCCAAACUGCAACCUUGUUGGAAAGAAGAGAGACCAGAUCGAACGUGACAACAACAACACAGUCGUUCCAGGCAAACCUCAGUACAAUGACGAAGAAGCGAGGCAGAUUAUGGAGAUCGUGCGAAACGAUACCAGAUACGGCGCUUGA